AUGGCUUCAUUGAUAAACUUUUUGAAAUAUCCCCUCAGAACUUUUAACAAGUCUGGUGUUGUCAUUGAAAAGCACAUAAGAAGGUUCUCCGUAAAUUCCUCUCAGCUGGCAGCCUACGAAGCGGACGGGAAAACUACAGUUAAUAUUUUGAAUAGUGAGGAGGGUGCUUCUAUGAUGAUCAAUAGUUACAGUCUACUAGGGUUUCGUCUCAACAACGGUAUUUUCGUAGUGGGUCCGGUAGCCAUGUUCCCUCGUACGGUGCUCAGUUGGAACGUGAAAGAUGACUACGAUGUAAACGAAAAGAGCUUGUCUUUGUUUCUCCAUCUGGCACCGAAGUUGGAUGUGCUGGUCAUCGGCCUCAGUGAUGCGAGGAAUCAACAACUCCUGAUGAACGUGCGGAAGGAAGUGUACGAGAUGAUGAAUCGGUGGAAGCCAGAGGAUAGAAUGAACAUUGAAGUUUUGCCGACGGAGAAAGCUGUGACAACAUUUAAUUUCUUAAAUGCUGAGAAACGUUUUGUAGGCGCUGCACUCAUCCCCCCCACACAUUACAGUGCUACUCUAGACGAUGAGUUCCGUACCGCUUAUCUCACCAAGAAGAGGGAAAGUAAAGAGAAUGACAUUUUGCUUGGAGGUUAAAAAAUUACCUUUUCCAUAUUAGGCUGUGGUAUAGACUGCUACUUUACUUAAGAAAAGUUGUAUUUACUUUGUAAAUAAAAUGCUUUAGUUUUGUUGUA